UCAAAAAAGGUUUCUUGGCCGCCAAAUUUUGCAAACAGGUCCCUGCUGAGAACUUCGAGCUUCGUUCCGUUCGUCAAUGGCGAGGUUCGUGGCUCGAAGCGCUCCCCUCGCCUCUCGACCCUCACUUCCCAUCACGCGCCCACAGAUCUCCGCCGCUCUCCGGUGGCGCUCGCGGAGGUCCACCGUCAUCGCUUUCUCUCUCCCUCCUUCCUCUCUUUUCCCACCCUUGUUGGGUGUUUCUCAAUGGAGAGAUAUCCAUUCCCGGACUCGCUAUUCCCCUUCUCGGAUCCCUUUCCCGGGCUUCUUCGUCAGUGCGCGGGCGUUCCGCAAACAAGGGCAGCGGAGGGCGGCGAAGAAGCAGAAGUCCAAAAAGCAGCUGCUUGAGCUCGAUGUGAAGAUUUGCAUCGAGGAGGAGCUUCCUGACGAUCCUGAAAUUCUGAGCAUUGCGGAAAUGCUUAGAACAGAUGCUCCAAUGGCAAUGAAGGUUGCAUUUGACGGCCUAAAGGAUUCCAAGUAUAAAACCAGAGAUGCUUCAAUAACUGAUGUUGACAAAUUUGAUAAUAUUGAGCUAUCUGUAUUACUAUGCAACGAUGAUUUCAUUCAAAAGCUGAAUAAAGAGUGGAGAGAUGAGGACCAUGCCACUGAUGUUCUCUCAAUGUCCCAACAUAUCCCUGGACUUGAUAUACCCAUUCUAAUGUUAGGCGAUAUAGUAAUUUCCAUUGAAACUGCUGCACGUCAAGCUGAAGAGAGAGGCCAUACAAUUGUUGAUGAAAUUCGAAUUCUCUUGGUUCAUGGUCUAUUGCAUCUUUUAGGCUUUGAUCAUGAGAUCAGCAUUGAAGCUGAGAUUGAAAUGGAGAAGGAAGAAGAACUGGUUUUGAAAAGUCUUGGUUGGAAGGGGAAAGGCCUGAUCAAGAGUGCGCAUGAUGCUUUGAAUGAUGGAAGCCUUCAGACAGACAUUUCUGAUAGGUGUGUUAACAAUGAUAUGAAGAAAACAAGCAUCCUGCAAUUGUAUAAACCAAAACUUAGCUAUAUCUUCUGCGAUAUGGAUGGUACUCUUCUUAACAGUAAAAGUCAGAUCAGUAUAAAUAAUGCUGAAGCUCUGAGGGAGGCUGUCUCAAAGGGUGUAAACAUUGUAAUUGCUACUGGAAAGACCCGCCCUGCUGUUAUCAGUGCUCUGGAGGUGGUUGGUUUGGCUGGAAAGGGUGGUGUUGUCUCUGAAAUUUCACCAGGCAUCUUCCUACAGGGGCUGCUUGUUUAUGGGAGACAAGGCCGAGAGAUUUACAGGAGAAAUUUAGAAAAAACUGUCUGUAGAGAGGCUUGUCUUUAUUCUCUGGAGCAUGGAGUUCCUCUAGUAGCCUUUUGCCAGGACAGAUGCCUGACAUUAUUUGAACAUCCUCUGGUUGAUUCACUGCACAUGGUUUAUCAUGAGCCAAAGGCAGAGGUGAUGCCUUCAGUUGAGCACCUUCUAGCAGCCGCUGACAUACAGAAAUUGCUCUUCAUUCACACAGCUGAGGGGGUUUCAUCUAAUUUGCGACCAUGUUGGGAAGAAGCAGUCAGAGGCCGGGCUGGUGUUGUCCAGGCACAGGCAGAUAUGCUUGAGAUUGUGCCUGCUGGAACUAAUAAAGGCAGUGGGGUAAAAUUGUUGCUUGAUCAUCUUGAUAUUACUGCAAAUGAGAUCAUGGCAAUUGGAGAUGGUGAAAACGACGUUGAGAUGCUACAACUAGCAUCAUUAGGCGUCGCCCUCGCCAAUGGAUCGGAGAAGACUAAGGCUGUGGCCGAUGCAAUCGGAGCUACCAACGAUGAAGAUGGUGUUGCCAAGGCUAUAUACCAAUAUGUUCUCUAAUAACAAAGAGCAUCUCCAAAUCAGUAGUUAUUCUUACUGGAGCAUACACAUGACGAACUCAAUCAACCCAUGCUUCCACUUUUACGUUCAGUCAAACAAUAAUACAUUCAUUAUUGUGCUGGUGGUUUCUGUUGUAGUUGUU